ACGACAUUAAAUGAGAAAAUCACCUCUUUUUCAUGUAAAAAUGUUUCUACAAAAACAUUUACCUAAUAAACUAAUAAAUUUUAUUUUUCCGAAAUUAUCUUUUUCGGUCAGUAUAGUUAUAUAAAUAAUAAUAAUAAUAAAUAAGUAAUUUUGAAGAUUUCUAAUUUUUGUUUAGAAUUUUUUUUUUGUUGUAACGAAAUAGUUUAAUUUGUUUACUGCAGCAUUUGUUAUCACAUAUGUGUGGUUAGCCUAGUGGUCACAUGACUUGGUUUCUAAACCCUUGGUCUUGGGUUCGAAUCCUAUAAGCUACACUUUUAAAUAAAUGUAGAAACUGACUUUUAAAUUAUUAUCUGUAUUAUCUUUGAUAUGAAAUAUGUAUAGUUGUAGUGGUUAGUUACUUUUGAAAAUAACACAAUGGUCUAGAGUUCGAAUCCCAGCACCUUAAAUUUUCUCAAAAUUUUAUAUUUUGGGUCGGUUUGGACUUGAACCAGACCCGAACCCAACCUAGACCGGUUCAGACUAAGUAUUGAAUCAGACCCGAACCCAACAUUGACCGGUUCGGAUUAAGUAUUAAACCAGACCCAAACCCAAUUUGGAUUAGACUAGAACCCAGUUUGAACCAGACCAGAUUCGACUGAACCAGACCAGAACCCUUCUGAACCAGAAAAAAAAAACCAGUUUGGACCCAUAAUCAUUUUCCAAGCCCAUUCAGGUCUAAACCCUAAAUUUCAAACCUGGUUGACCCAGUUAGGAUUUCAAUAUCAAUUUUUAGACCCGUUUGGGUCUCUUUUGCUUACUAAAAAUUAGUUUUCAUAUUUGUAUGAAGUUAACUUUUAAAAUUGUUUAUUGUUCGACACUAAACAAUUAUGCUAGUUAGUUUUUUUGUAUUGAGAUAAAUGAUGAUAUUGUUUGUUCUGUGGAUGUUUUUGGAUCUUCUGAUGGUAUGCUUGAUCACCCAGUUGUUAUCCAAUAGGAGAGACUGUGCAUGAAGACGACUCCUGUUAAAAAUAUGAUUUAUAAGCGUGCUUUCAUAGCAUGGCUAUGCUCUCGAUAUCUAUAUCCUGAUAUGAGAUUUCCUUGGCUAUUAUUAUUAUAGCACCGACUAGACGGUGCACCUGUUCUUGAUUGGACAUGUUCUUGGUUCACGGUUAUUUUCAUAGUUUUUACAGAAGUCGUUCCACGGUAACUCUGUGGUUAGUACACAACAUUUCAUGCACAGUCACUUAAAUUAAACUGAAAAUAUGGGGUUAAUAAAGGGGAAUUUGGACGGAGAAUAUAAAGUGUAUAUAAGUGGUUCAUGUACAUACCUGAUAUUUUAAAUCAUAAGGCCAAUGGCCGAUACUUGUCGCCGUAUUCCCGGGACGUAUUACGGGAAAGCCGAUUUAUAUACAUGGUAAUAUUCUCCUCAAAAUUCAAACAACAUAUAAAAUUUAGAAUUUUGUGUGCAUAUGCUUGGUGAUAGAUUUUUUUUGGAUAUCUACAAGUAGUUUUUCUUUAGUCACAUUUAAUUUACAUUUUGUGCACAACUUCCUCAUUUUACAUGCUUGCUGGGAGUUUUCUGACUCCCCUGGGGUUUGCUCGCCCUAGACUCGGGGACUUUCCUUUCUUCGCAGGACCAAGAGUAUUUUGAGGAUCAAGUCCAGCGGCAGUGAUCACCGUUAUUCUAUCAGUUCCCAAAUCAACUUGUCUUAGGUGAUCACUAUGGCCCCAAAACGUCGACCCCCUACUCCAGUUGUUCCUGAGGGACACCAAGUCGAUCAGACUGAUCUUGCAGAAGCGAUUAGGGAGCUGGUAGCUCAAAAUCACCAGAGGGAUGUGCAACAACGGGUUGCAAGGCCGGGCAAUGUGUCAGAUUUUCGGAAGCUCAACCCGCAACACUUUGCCGGGACUGAAGGCGGAUAUGAGGCUGAGAUGUGGUUGCAAACCAUGGACCGCCUAUUAAGGGCAGCGAGGAUACCCGAUGAAGACCGAGUGGAUAUUAUACAGCUGCAGCUCAUUAAUGUAGCCAGGACCUGGUGGGACGCAGAGGAGGGGAAGCUGCCUAAGCCAAUUUCGUGGGAGAUAUUCCGAGAGAGUUUUCUAGAGACAUUUUUCCCGAGGACAGCUCGUCUUGAGAUACAAAGGCAGUUUGUAAUGCUAAGACAGAGGACCAGUACUGUAGAUGAGUAUGCAGCAGGAUUUGCUAAGCUCAGUAGAUUUGCCCCUGGGAUGGUGUCGAAUGAGGUGGAUAAGGGACAAAGGUUCAUGCAGGGUCUAAAUUUUGAGAUCCAGACACAAAUUUAUAGUCAGAAGGGGGUUGAGACUUAUGCUGAUGUCUUAGAAGCAGCUAGAAAAGUGGAACAAUUGAUUGGGAUCAUGAACUCUGUGAGGAGAGGGACAAACAAGCGCCCUGCAGGACCGACGUCCGGAAGUAACCAGCAGAAACCUCAGACGGGAGGGACACCAGCCAAGCGCUAGCAGACAGGAACUUCGAGACCAGUGCCACAACCAACCAACAUGAUUUGCCAUUAUUGCAAGAAGCCGGGGCACUUGAUGAAGGACUGCAGGAAAGCUAACGGGUUGUGCCUAAUAUGUGGGGCGGCAGAUCAUCAGCUUACCACUUGUCCUAGUAGAAGAGUUUCAGGAGAAGCUUCAGGUGGAACAAUAGUACCAGCAGGCCAGGCUAGACAAGAUGUACAACAGCGGAGGCCGGCACUUCCUACUCAGCAACAAAUGUUCCAGAAUCAGCAGAGGCGCUCAGGGCAAUAUGGUCAGCGAACUCAGCAGCAGAGACAAGGUCAGGUCCUGACACUUACUGCUGAGCAGGCAGACACAUCUGGUGAUGUAGUCACAGGUACCAUUUUGGUUUAUUCAGUCCCUGCGUUUACCCUAUUUGAUUCCGGGGCAUCGCACUGUUUUAUAUCUGCCCAGUUCAUCUCACGACAUACUAUACCAUGUGAUCGUUUAGAUGCAAGCUGGAAUAUCCAUACAGGUAGUGGGGUGUUAAUGUCAUGUAGAGAGUGUAAGAAGUGCCCACUGGUAGUUUGUGGUAGGGAGCUAAUUACAGACUUAUUGGUGAUUGACACUAAUGGGUUUGAUGUUAUUUUGGGGAUGGAUUGGCUUUACAACUUCCAUGCGACGAUCAACUGCCGACGCAGAAGUGUAGUGUUCAAGAUACCAGAUCACCCAGAGUUUGAAUUCAUGAGCGGUAGCAAAGUGAUGGAGCAGCCAGAGUAUCGAGCAGGCGUGAAUGGAGUAUUAACCUGGAUAGAGGUAGAGGAUAAGCCCAUUCCAGAAAUUAUCAAGGAAUUUCUUGAUGUUUUCCCUGAUGAGUUGCCGGGUUUACCCCCAGAUAGAGAUAUAGAGUUCGUCAUCGAUCUUAUUCCAGGGGUUGCACCUAUCUCAAAACCACCUUAUCGGAUGCCGAUAGCAGAUUUAGAGGAUCUGCGAAAGCAAGUCCAGGAGUAUCUUGAUAAGAAAUUUAUCAGGCUUAGUACUUCACCUUGGGGAGCACCAGUGGUGUUAGUGCCAAAGCCGGAUGGUAGCCGAAGGAUAGAGAUAUAG